AGGGGGUUGCGGCCAAAUAACAGGUUGUGUUAUCGCGAGAAGUGAGCGGCGUAUAUAAACGUUCAAGCAGCCCCCAACUACGCUUCGUACUCCACUUCGUACUCCGCUCUUUACGGUUGUGCCGCCGAGAACUUAUUCAAUCAGAGAGAAAAUGGCUGCAGGAAAGGCUCAGAUUGGAAAGCUGGCCCCGGACUUCACAGCCAAAGCAGUGAUGCCAGACGGACAGUUCAAGGACCUGAAGCUCUCCAGCUACAGAGGGAAGUAUGUGGUUUUUUUCUUCUAUCCUCUGGACUUCACUUUUGUGUGUCCAACUGAGAUCAUUGCCUUCAGCGAAGCUGCUGACCAAUUCAGGAAGAUUGGCUGUGAGGUCAUUGCCGCCUCUGUGGACUCGCACUUCUCUCAUUUUGCAUGGACCAACACACCUCGUAAGCAGGGGGGUCUGGGUUCAAUGAAGAUCCCCCUGGUAGCGGACACACGACGCUCCAUCUCCACAGACUAUGGGGUCCUGAAAGAGGAUGAGGGCAUCGCCUACAGAGGGCUGUUUAUUAUUGACGAUAAGGGCAUACUGAGGCAGAUCACCAUCAAUGACCUCCCAGUCGGACGCUCCGUUGAAGAGACCUUGCGUUUGGUCCAAGCCUUUCAGUUUACCGACAAGCAUGGAGAAGUCUGCCCCGCCGGCUGGAAACCAGGAAGUGACACAAUCAAGCCUGACGUCCAGAAGAGUAAAGACUUUUUCUCCAAGCAACAAUAAAGCCACAACCAGAGUCUGCAGUUUACUGUAGACUGAAUCCAGAUUUAAAUUUCCAGAGAACAAUAUUGAAGACAGUCAACUGACCAUGGUGCCUGAGGAAGAGGAGCCUAGGAAACAAGUUUGGGCCAACAUCUCCUAUGUUUUGUGGAUUUGGAUAGUGUACAUUGUGACCAACAUAUAUUGCUGUAUAGUUUUGUUUAAGCUAUGUGUUUGUCAGAACUAAAUAUCUGUCUGUUCUUUUCUUUUUUUACUUGCUAAUGUAAAAUGAAAAUGACCAUCUAACAAUGGCUGAAUUGUAAAACAGCAUUUUCAUAGCAACAAUGUUAACACAUUGCUCUAUUUUAACUUUUUUUUUUAAAUAGUGCUCAACUCAAAUGCUAUUUCAUCUAAAUAAAAACAUGCACUGUCAUUUGACUGAC